GAGAGCAGAAAAUCGCAGGGGAAGGUAGAGAUUGUGGCAAACUUUCUAGCUGCUUCUGCGUGCUGCUCCCUCCGUGGUGGGAGUGUCUGGCCAUCAGGAGCUGCCAAGCCCCAGCCUCGGAGCCCCGGGGCUCCCAGAAAGACUUCCAGUUGCCUUUAGAGGAGGAACUGCCGGCAGCGCGAGCUUUCGCGUGUGCACGCUAGUCGAUGUUGCAGCUCUAGAGGAAACAAAGAUUCGUCUUCACAACUUGCUUUUCACUAUCUGAAUGCUGAAAGGAGAAUGAACACAUUUUAGAAUUUUACAGGAAUCAAAUAAUCUAGGAACAAGAACAUUGCCAAGAGUAGCAGACUUCAGAAAGCCCAGAAACUGGUCAGUGAUAAACCCGCUUUGGCCAUACGUUUUGGGAAUGAGUACCAUUGAGACAGCAAAGCUUGAAGAGCAUAUGGAGGGUCAAAGCAAUGACACUUCUAAUGGCUACUCACGACCUACUCUCUCAGUCAGUGAAGAGAACAAAAAUGGCACUAGCAAACCAAAGGGGUUGCCUAAUGGCUUGCGAAAAACAGCAAAGAAAUAUCCUGAUUACAUCCAGAUUGCUAUGCCUGCAGAGUCUAGGAACAAAUUUCCUCUGGAGUGGUGGAAAACAGGCGUUGCCUUCGUCUAUGCUCUCUUCAACUUGAUUCUAACAACUGUCAUGAUCACUGUGGUCCAUGAGAGAGUACCUCCAAAGGAACUAAGCCCUCCCUUGCCUGACAAGUUUUUUGAUUACAUAGAUCGUGUGACAUGGGCUUUUUCUGUAUCAGAAAUAAAUGGAAUGAUACUAGUUGGGUUAUGGAUAUUCCAGUGGUUGUUUCUUAGGUACAAAUCAAUAGUGGGGCGCAGGUUCUUUUUCAUAAUAGGAACUUUGUAUCUCUACCGCUGUAUUACUAUGUACGUUACCACCCUACCUGUGCCUGGAAUGCAUUUUCAGUGUGCACCAAAGUUGAAUGGAGAUUCUCAGGCCAAGGUUCAGAGGAUCCUGCGGCUGAUUUCUGGUGGUGGUCUAUCCAUAACUGGAUCACACAUCCUAUGUGGAGACUUCCUGUUUAGUGGUCACACUGUGGUAUUAACGCUGAUCUACCUGUUCAUCAAAGAGUAUUCACCACGUCAUUUCUGGUGGUAUCACCUCAUCUGCUGGCUAAUGAGUGCUGCUGGCAUCAUUUGUAUCCUUGUUGCUCAUGAACACUAUACCAUAGACGUCAUCAUUGCUUACUUUAUCACCACGAGGCUUUUCUGGUGGUACCACUCAAUGGCUAAUGAAAAGACUCUAAAGGUCUCUUCGCAGACAAACUUUCUCUCUCGAGCAUGGUGGUAUCCAAUAUUUUAUUUCUUUGAGAAGAAUGUGCAAGGCUCUGUUCCUUGCAGCUUUUCCUGGCCGAUAUCUUGGCCUCCCAGCUGCUUCAAAUCUUCAUGCAAAAAGUAUUCACGGGUUCAGAAGACAGGAGAAGACAAUGAAAAAUCAACCUGAAGAAAGGAAGGAAAGCAUCUGCUCUGUUUCUUUACCAAAACAUUAAUGCUGUAACCAAAGUUCUUAAGUGGACUACACUGUAACAGAAAAAGUGGACCAAGCUUCUGUGCAAUUGAUUGGAAAGACAAUUGUAGACACACUUACUGCAAUUUCAUGUUUUCCUAUCAUCAGGCUGUACAGACCUAAUCUACUCUUCAGUGCACCACUGGGAUAGUUUUUUUAUUAAGAAAAGAUGGAGCAGGACUUUGCUUUACUAAUGAGAUAGAGGUGCCAAAGACCACAUUAACACUUCCGUUACUAUCUCUCACUCAUCCAUGGAAGCACCCAAAAAUCUUGUCUUCAGAGUUCUGGAGUGCUUAAGGGCAAAAACAUGCUAAAAUGUAAAGGCACAAUAUCGGCAUAUUGAGGUAUAUAAAAAACACAGUUGUGGGAAGUGGUUUGUUGCAUUGUUCUUGUUAAUGAGGGUAAGGCCUUUGCAUGACUGGUACAGCUGGAAGUGAGGCUUGACCUCUUUGCACUGUGAGUAUGAGUACAUUAUGACCCUAAAAUACUACUUGCCACCAUUAUUUCCCAUAUAUUCUACUAUAUACCAUUUUUUACAUUUUUAUUAGUAAUUUUAUAUUUAAAAUUUGCUGCCUGAGGACUUGACAAAUUAGGAAUAGCUGCUAACAUCAGAGCUCAAGGAGCAUAAAAUUUUAUUUUUACAAAAAGACAUGAUUUCAAAGUCUAAAUCUUUAAUUGCAGUUUGGCUUUGUGUAUAUAGCUAUACAGUGCCUCUUGGUGUAUGUACAUGCAUAUACACACAAGCACACACUGUGUGUAAUUAAACAUAUAUUGAACAAAACUGCUUACUGGAAAGAGUGAUCAUACAGUUCUUAAUUCAGUCAAAAGUUGUACAGUUCUCACCUGCUUGAGGAAUGCAAGGCCAGGUCCAAAAUGGGGCUAUAUUUAAAAUUUUUAAAUUUUAGUAGCAAUCUCUUGCUGCAAUUACGUGGCAAGUUCUCUUGGGAGUCAUAGUUCUGCAUUGAAUUUCUUUUUCACCUGCUGGCACAUUUCCCUGACUUACUCAAAAAAAAAAGUGCCAAGGUGAAUACCUAUGACUAAUAGCAUUUCUUCAGUUAUUACAUUACCUAAACCAUUUCAUAUUAAAUGACACUGGUAGAACUCACAUGCAGUUUGCUUUUGGUUUUUUCCCGGGGUUUCAGUCCAACUAAAAUGGCUAUUUAAGCAAGUUGGCUCAGUAUGUUUGAAAUUACCAUGGCAAAUGUAACAAAACCACAAAUUAACACCUACCUGGUUCUUGUUGGUUUUUAUCAGUUUGUAUUGUUGGGAAAGAAAAUUAGAAAAUUAGCAUACUAUGUUUAACCAGUUAUGUUCUGUAUUUUUGCAGUUAAUUUUAUUUUCAAAUGUUCAGUAAAACCUGAUAGCAAAGAUAAAACUGCAUUUCUUGGAGUGAUAGUAAUGUAAAGCAAAUGCUGCUUAUUUUAAGAAUGUCUUGAACUGAGUGACGUGUGAACACAGUUUAAAUAAUGACAACUUGUUUUUUAAAAGUGCAGUUAAAGUUAUAAAAUGCAAUACAGUUUUCAAAUAUUUUUUCCAGUAAAGGGGAUCCAUUGCUAUGAGUUGUACAUGAAGGAUAUUAAUGUGCAUUUCAAAUAUUUUUGUGCAUUAUCAAAAUAAUACAAUAAACAAUGUUCCUUACAAUGCAUCCUUGGUAAAACUUAGCUAAAGAAGAAAUUCUGCUGAUGUUUGGUUUUGUUAUUUAAAAUAAGCUGCGUAGAAUCUUUUAAUAUGCCCCUGGAAGCUGUGCGUGUAUGUGCAUACCUAUGUUUUCCUUUGCUUGCUUCUGGCAGACUUUGAGCAGCUAAAAAGCCAGUAUCAAAACAUCUAUAUAAAAGUCCUUUUUCUGUAUCAUCAAUGAAUCUGUUCAGUGGCAGUCUGUAAAUCUCCAAAGGUGCUUGUUAGAUCAAUACUACUUCAUAGAGCAUAAUUUAUAUUUUUUUAAGCUGAAUUCUAAGUUUAGUUAUAUCUUAAACACAGUCACAUUAAGCCACUCAUAGUAAUACUAACUCUUAGAAAUUGUGAAUUAAUUUCAUUGGUGGUAACCAUACCUUGAGUCAUGUUAUGAAAAGUGCUUCAGUAAGGAGCUUAAACAGUGGUUUUCAUCUGGUGGCUGAAUAGUCGUUUGAUAGUCUAGAUAUCUAAUUGCAUCACCACCACCAUGUCUCAGUGGGAUUUCUGUAAUAUAUCUGCAAAGUAGAAUUUCUUCAUGCAGGAUGAGGUGGGUUGUUUGUUGGUUUGUUUUGGUUUUUUUUAACACUUAUUCAUGUUUCUGGAAGAAAAUAGUAUGAAAGCAGUGAAACAGAAUGAAGUAGAGAUUGUGCUUUUGUCGGAGCUUUCAUUCUGCUGCUGAUUUUGAUACAAACUUCUAUUGUAAUGCAAAAGGAAAGUUUAAAUGUCAGCCCUACCUGAUUCCUGUUCUAGCUUGGCCCUCCCUUAAGUGCUUAAAAUUUUCUUCGUUGUAUCAAAGUCUUCAAAAUGGUGUGUGUGUUUAAUUAGCAAAAAAACCCACUUCUCUACUAUCUCAGUCUUAAAUUGCUUCUGCAGACUUGGAUGGUAUAGAUGUAUUUGAAGACUCUUUAGGCCUGUAUGUAACGUGAGGAAAUGGGGUAAGUAAUGGUAUUUGCUAAUACUUACUGCUGUAGUAGUUUAUCCAAUACAAACCACAGCUGGUACAUAACAAUUAUUAAUUUUUAAGAACCAAGUAAUCACUAUAUAAAUGCUAUGAAGCUGCAAACAUGGUUUCAUCCUAAGAUGAAAAAGGAUUGCAGUUGGUAAAAAGAACAGGAGAAAUUUAGACUUCACUUAAUGUAGUGAUCACUCUAUUGUAGGCUCAUUUGGGCUGUAUGUGCCCAGUGUUUUGCAGUAUGCUACUGUAAUUAUUUUUUCCUGGAGUUACAAUAAUCAUUCUUACAGAUGUCACGUGAGCUGUACCUGUACUGUGGCUAUAAAUAAAAUGCUCCUCUGUACUGAACAGCAUUUACAUGUUGAACUUCCCAGACACUUUAAAAAAAAAGCACACUUGUAUGCCUGGCAUAUCAGUAUGACUUAAAUGCUGUUGGGUGCCUUGCAUUUAUGAAACAAGCUUUCUUAAAUGCCUAACCUAAACUUUAAACCUAGAUUUAAAAGGUUAACUUGAGCAUUUAAAGAAAUAUGCUGCUACAUGGUCAUGCUACAGAUGCUUUAUUCUAAUGCCAGAAGUUAUUAACAUAUACUUGAAACCAUUGUAAAAUGACAUUUUUAUUAUAUGGGCUUAGCACUCCCAUGUGGACGUAGAUGGUAGUAAAUGUUAAUCGUUCUUCACUGCUGUUUUCUUAGAAAGCUAGCUGCCGGUGGGGUUAAUAGCAAGAAGGGCUGUGCUAAACUUUGCUGUGAUCUGCAGUGCUGCAUUUGCUUCCCUCCUUAAAAAAAAAAAAAAAAGGGGUAGGGGGACACAGCAGGAGAGAAGGAAAAAAAAAAAACAAAUCAAGACUAUAUUUUUGUUAAGAUACACUAUCUUUGUGUAAUGGAGAAAUAAAGCUUAGAGACAGAACUGGAAGGUAUUUUAAGAGAUGAGAGAGAGCAUUUUCUUAAUUAGAUUAUUGAAAAUCCACUUAUCUGUAUCUUGGAUGAAUUCCAACUCUGGCUUUCUCCCAUCAGUAGAAUCUGGCUUGGCAAUUUAGCUUAAGUUGUUUGGUGCUAACCCAAUUGCUUUCUCUCAUUUCAGUAGAUAUGAAGUAUAAUUUACAGUUGUAGAGACUAGAUCAUUAACUUCAGUGCAAGGUGAAAUCUCUCCAUUUACUUUAAAUGAACUUUCCCCACAGUUUUGUGGGUUUUUUUGGAUUUUGGUGGGUGCUUUUUAUUGUUUGUGUUUUGUGGUUUGGUUUUUUGUUUGUUUUGAUUGGGAGUUUUUUGUUUUGUUUUGUUUUUUUGGUUCAUUAUUGCUUGGUUUUGGUGGCUUUUUGGGGGUUUUUUGUUGGUUUUUGUUUGUUUGUUUGUUUUUUUUAACAAAAAACCCCAAACUUAAAGAAAAUGUUAAAGAUUCCCAGGGUGAUUUUGAAAACAUGUCCAAUCUAUCAGGUGUACUGGAACCAUUUUUUCUUACUAGGAGACUUAAUGGCUGUAAAGCUUCAUUGUCAAUUUUAUAUUUUUACGAUACAUAUGUUUUAUACUUACUAAGGCAGGCACACAAAAUUAGAGUGAUACUGUAAGAUUGAACACUUCUGAAUACCAGGCAUUGUACAAUUAAUGUCUUAAAUUCAGUUACUGAAAAAGGGGUCUUAAAAAUAAAAAUUUCUGCUGAACACUAUUCAAAUAAGUGUUGCUUCUUAAGUGCACAUGUGAAAACAUCAGUGUGCCACCAAAACAACUUUGCUUACAAAUUAGCCUUCAGAUGCUACUUCAUGAUGCUUCCUAGUAUCUAAAAAAAAAAAUAAAAUGGUGCAGAGAAACUGAGAAUGAAGAAAUGAAGACAGGCUUUUGCUCUAAUAUUUACCAAAAAAAUUAAGGAAGUGGAAACAUUCAAGUAUAUGGUCCUAAUAUAUUGCUACAACUCCACCUAAAUUCUAAGUAAUAGAGAAUUAAAGUGUUUAGUGUAAUAGUGCUGAAAAAAAGCCUGCAAGGAACUGAGCAGUAUUAAGUACUUCAUUCCACAGUACAGCUCUGUGUCUUGUGCUAUGGACUGUACUGGUUCUCAUCUAUAACUUACAACAUGAAAAUAAAACUGAACUCAGUGUGAGAUGCUUGGAAAUUUUUAAAUAUUAAAAUAUUAUUAGUAAAUGUUCCUAAGCUGUUCCUCCAAGCUGUCACUAGUAGUUUCUAAAACAAGAAGAAAGUGCUGCAAUGCUUAAAACAUACAGAGCUUUUUCUAGUUGGCACAAGUUUGCAUUGAUUUAAUUGUUUGAUUAAAUCUUAACCUAGAAAGCAGCACAUAAGAAUUUCAGGCUCGGUACAGGAAACUUAAAUAUUGUAGGAAAAAGUUCUAAUUCUGAACUAAUCUUUUAUUUCAGUAGAUAAUCUUUCCUAGCAGAACACUUGGAAUGCCUGCCUGAUGCUUUAAGAUGGAGUAACAAUAUUGUGCAGUCUCCAGCGUGUAUCUGAAAUACUGGUGUUGAGGAGACCUCUCCACAUGAAAAUUAAUGCUCAGGAAGAUUGGACUUGUUUUCAGGGACAAUAUUUCUAUUCCUAAGGUUUUGGACUUCAGCAAAUACUAUGAUUAGUUUGUUUUCUAUGGCAGUUUGCUGUGGGAUAACCUUCAACUUAAAGAUGCAACCCAGGAAGGAGGAGAGGGUAAACCAGCUCUUGCUGGAAGAAGUAGUUUGCGACCUUUUGAGUUCAGAUUAUAUUUGCUGCAUGCUACAGGGCUACGGGCAGUCUUAUCCAUUCUAUAGUGGAAAAAAGAUGCUCUCAACACUAAAUAUAAUGGUAUAAUACUCUUCUUAAAGUGGUACUGUGUUGGUUGGUCCAGUUCUUCCCCUAGAUGAGGAGUGUUUUUGUCCUUUGCUUGCUGUAUGGUUUUAGUUCUGGUAUGUGUCUAUGGAAAUAUGCAGAUCCAUUGUGUUCAGUGCCUAAGGUGUUUUUAGAGUCUCGUGCGUUUCUUCUAUCAAAAAUACUCUUCAUAAUUUCAGCUCUGCUUUUGUAUUUGCCUUCUGCACAGUAAAGUCCUCAGUAUUUGUGAAAUUGCAAAGACUUAUUACAGAAAGAUCAUCUUUGUGCCAACUGAGAUUAACUUUCACAGAAUAACUGUGCUGGAAUGUGUUUGAAGGUGACUUGGCUUACUUUUUUUUUUUUAACUAAAAGUGGCCAGAAACUACUCUGUCAUAAAGGCAUCUUGAGCAGUUGGGGACCCAGGGACCAUGCAGGCACGUGUGUGCCACUUCUCUGCAGCACACACAACACUGGAUGCUGUACAAAGUGUCUUCUCUGGGAAGGUGAACUAGGUUGUAUUUCCAUAGGAGCCUGUGAGCCAUCUUUGCUUGUCCUUUUGAGCUCCUUUCAGACUGAGGGCACGGUAGCAAAGGUGGCAAUAGCUAAAGAGUGUACUUACAAGCCAGAAAACUAUGAAAAGGGCUGAAAAGGCAGACCACCAUAAAAGCAGUUGGAGAACUGUGUAAUUCAAUGGAGUAUAUAAGCUGGUGUUAGUUCAGGAAUGUGAGUUGCAUUUAAAUUAUUACUGUUGUUACUAUUUGUUCGUUUGUUUUUAAUUGAAGAUGGCCAGAGGUCUGAGAAUAUCAAGAGGAAAUAUAUCUCCCUGCUUACUUUUACUGGUGAAGUGUUUGUGUAUGGACCUUAAAUAAUAUUGCUACCCCCCAACCUUUUUUCCCAUUUUCAGUAACUUGUCAGUCCUUUGUUAUUUCUGUGAAAGCUGGGUUUGCAUUCCAUUUUUUCUAUAGCUUGUUGCCACUCAAAAUGCUGCUUACAGUUUAGCCUAGGCUGCUUUGGGCUCUUGUAUUUCUCUGCUUCUAUUAACUGCCUUUUCUAAAUGGCUCAGAAUAGUAGGCUUUACAUUUGAGAAGGCUCCAGAAUUACCAUUAAAGCCAAACAGCAUUCUUGUUAGACACAUCUUUUCACAAUUUUGAAACUUCGGGUUUUUUUCAAAUGCCAAACGUUACAUGCUAGGGCAUACUUUUUAUCUCAGGAACCAAUUCUUGCUCUGUAUGUGUUUAGUACAUUCAUUUCUGUUUCUUUUCCUGAUUUAGGAGAGCAUGUGUGAGAUGUGAAAAAGAUAAAUUCUGGGUGUUUUGUGCAGUCAGGGUCGGUCACACCAAAGAAUCUGAAAGUAAAAGGGGAAAUAAUGUGCUUCUCGUGCUUUCCAAGUGACUUUAAGAGGAACUCUAAGAACUUCUGUAAAAACAGCAGAGGAUGUCACUUCAAACUGCAACAUGGUUUCAUCAUAUUUGGCUGACAGCUUUUCUUGCCUAAUUUCUCCUAUGUUAAAUCCAUAGUUUUGUUCAUCAGUUUGGGCUAUGAAUCAAACCUGGGGAAAACUAGGCAAGAAAAGACACUGGCUGCUGAGGAACCCCCAGAUAAUAAUACAGGAAUGCUGUAAUGCUUGUAUGACAAGGACCUAAUAUAUAUAAUUUUUUUGUAGCUUUAGGGUCCAGUUCUCCAAAUGCUGCACAGUACAAUGCUACAAUAACAAAUUAUACUUUUAGAGACCUUUUGUACUGCAGUUUCUACUCAUGUUUGCAAGCUGAGCUGCAUUUUAACAUAAAUUGUUCAUAAUUAGUAAGAGUUGUCUUUUAUGUUGCACAACUUUGAGGAUGACAUUUUGUAGCAUAUCAGCUAGUUUGGUUAAGUGGAUGACAACUCCUGGUUUGCUGUAUACUAGAGUUGUGACUUGCAAGACAUUGCAAUCUAUGUUGACUGUGUAAAAAAACUCAAACAAAACCCUAUUGCACUAGUUGUACUUCAAAAAAAGCAAUAAUGUGAGCAUCUUGUAGCUGUUAUCUCCAGAGGGGCUGUCAUGGUCACUUGCACUGUUGACCAUGAAUUUGGUAAAAACCUCUUAAAGAGAUUUUUCCCAUGUGGUUUACUCAGCAUAUCAAUUUGAAACUCUCUAUGGUCAGCCUUUGUACGAACAAAUGUAAAACUUUGUUGGACUAUUUUCAUGACCACUCCUAUUUUUAAAAAUCUAAAACCUAUGUCCGUUUAUGGUGCUAAUCAUCUCUUAUGAAGAGCUGGUAUUCUCUUCUUACCCAUGAACAUUAAGGAAAGCUGUUGUGACACCUUUUCAAUAAAGCAAAAUUUAUCUACAUUUUAAGCCCGCUCCAAAUGCUUUUUAUAUAAAUAUGACCCUUUUCUAUUUCUGUCUUAUAUAAAAACUGCAAAUGUUUAUAGUAAGUAUUUUUAGUGCAGGAAAACAUUAGAAGUGUUUAUGGGUUUAGGCUAGACAUCCAACAUUAAAUCUCCAUACAUGCUUAGGACAGCUCAUCUUCUGAAACUUCUAAGGCAUAGGCUGAUAGUUUAAAAAAUAAAAUCUCUGGCUUCAUCAUCAUUGAUGAAGCCCUGCAGACAGAGAGAGAGGAUGUGAUAUGGACAAAACUAUUAGGAGAAUACUGAUGAUGCAGUGUAGAUCCAUCUUUUGCUGCAACUUCUGAAAAACAAACUUGUGAAGGAACAUGACUGUGUAAACAUAUCUAAAGAACAGAAGUGAAACUUGACAUUAUUGUUCAGGCUAUUCAUGGUAGGACAUUAUAAAAACAUGUGAAAGAGCCUUAAACUAGGAUUGUUUAGAUUCUGGAACAGCCAAGUAAUAUUACUUGUUUUAAAGCUUCACAAGCAACCUUCUUUUAAGAUUAAAAUCUAUCUUGUGACUUCUGUUGCAGAAGAUACUGUGCCUUUUCCCCCACUUCCUCUUUGGUUAUGAUUUUAUGUUGUGUCUAAUGAAAGACAACACACUUCCAGUUCUUAUCAAGAGGUAUCUUGGGGCAGCAGUACCCACAUUUUCUCUUCACAGGGGAUACAAGGCCUUGAGAUUUUGUUAAUUGUUGUUAAAGGCCCCCUGCUUCUCAGUUUGCAGUUGUAAAAGUGUCCGGCUGUUACUAAUUUGGAAUCCUACUCUGAAAUAAGUGUGAUGCUCUUAACUGACAGGGACAUAGGAACAAGGGGCAGUGGGUACCACAUCUGGUUUGGUGGCUGAGCAGGGUGGCUGUGCUCUGGUACAGUCUGGAACACUGCCCCUGCUCUAAUGUGGUCACACUUCGAGGUUUUGGUCACUAAACUUUUAUCUUUCAUAUAGUGGAAUAAGUUCUCUUGAAUCACUUGCACCUGGAGUACUUCAAGAAAUAAGCGGGCUUCUUGAAGAUGUAUUUUAUAGAGCUUCUGUGUCUGCAAAGGAUAUUCCAGAUUUAGAGUAACUUCAUUUAAAGGAGAAGCAAACCCAUCAUCUAGGAUAAAAGCAAGGCUAGCUAAGUUCGUGGAGUGAAGAUGGAUAGUCGAGUAACAAUAGUUUGAACUGUCUUGCUACAUUGUUCAGCACUUGCUUUAACAGCAGGGCACUUGUAGGAGGCAAAGAUAAAGUAAUCCAAAACAGCUCUAAGCUACACUGAAAUACAACUUCCCUGUUUUUUAUUUACUAGAUGCUUCAGACAAAACUGUUUCUUUUUUAGUUUAUAAAAAAAGUGCAAUAUUAACAGAAAGAUGGAAUUAAAUAGCUGCAUGUUCAAGUGCUCUGCAAAUAUGAAACCUAUGCAAGCACAUGACAGGCACUUGAUUUUCAGCAUUAGAAUCUGCUCUCUGACAGGAAAGUGUUUCAGUGCACUAGCCUGGUUCAGAACUUCAAAUAUUUUCAAUAUUAUUUUGACAAGGAGAGUGGUUUUUAUUGUGAAUGAAGUGCCUGUGGAAAUAAAAAUCCAAAAGUUGCCUGCAAGCUUAAAUAAAACACAUAAAACCACAGCCCAUACUUCAAGAGAGUGGGUGCUAGCUCAACUGUAUAGAAUAACUGGUCAACAGUCAUAGGUGUUGAUAGGAUUCCAAGGCUAGAAUGAAAUUUUAAAGAGAAAUAACACAUUACUUUUGAGAGUUUACUGUGUUAAUUAAUGUUUCUGCUUGGGCCUUAUCUCUGUAAGUUGUUUAAAGAAAAAAUAGUUAAUUUGAAAUUUUGGGGGUUUUUUAAACACUCAUUUUAGUCAGUCUUUAGUGGUUGGUUUGUUGGUUGCUUUUUACACGGAGAUUUUACCUUCUAAAAGUAGAGUCACCAAAUGCUUUGCUUACUCAAUUUAGAGGAAAACAGUUUGGGGAAUGGAUUUCCCUUAAGUGCAGGCUUUAAUGGAGGUGGUUUUUAUUACAGUGAUACUAGGACAGAGGAGGAAGAAUUUCCAAGGAAAGAAUUAUAGUGAUAAAAUUUGUAUAUGUACUUAUUUUGUGUAUGCAGAUUACUACUAAAGGACUUGGUUAUAUUUUACUGUUAAUUUUAUGAUUUUAAAAAGUCUAUUUUAAUGGAAAAACUGACUUCAGAGUUGCAACAACUUGUUAUUUUAAAGUAGAAUCAUCCAUUUAAUGAUACUUCAGAGCAAACUUUACAUUUGCUCAGUAAAUUCACUUAAAGAUAUGUAAGUAUCUUCAUUUUUAUAAAAAUGAAUGUGAAAUUUAAUCUCUGGGCAACCUAGAAUUGGCCGUAUGCCACUGAAAACAAUCUUUCAACUGCAUAUGGAGGCAAGGAGUGCUGCCCCCAUAUGCAGUUGCUUCUCAACCAGACCAAGAAGGAAGUGAGGCUAAUUCUUCUAUAAAGAAAACAGGCAAAACGGGUAAUGUUUCAGCUGUGCUGAAUAGCUUAGCUCCUUAUUUUCCUACUGCAGAACUUGACUUUCCUUGUGGCUCAGAGUUAAAAUCUUUGGAUCAGAUAAGACACUUGUGUUUUUCUGUAUUUUUCUAAUAUAUGCUUUUUAUUAGUAUACAUUGUAAUUAACCACAGUUUCUGCCAAAUAUGGACAAAAAAAAGCUGCAUUCUCUUCUACCAGUUUAAACCUGUGACCUUAGUUUUUCUACUUUGUUUUUCCAUGGCUAGUAAAAUAAUAACUUGCUGUUUAUAUUAAAUUAAAAAGAGAUUGCCUUAAUUGCUUGGUGGAAAACUAACCUUGACCACUUGAAGCUUUAUGUAAGACUAAAAUUCCUGUAACUUCUGUAUAAUUGCAAUAAAACCUUUUAAAUAUAGUCUAGCCACUA